ACUGCUCCUCGGAAUGCAAUAAAACGAGGUUCUGUUCGUCGAUUAAAUUGAAAAGUAGACUUUGACAUAAACACUCAGACGUGUUCUACCAAACGUUUUCUAGUAACAAAGAUUUUGAAAUUUUUUGGAAGUUAAUUUUAGCUCACAUGACAGGUAAUUGAGAACAGAACUACGAAAACAUUUCCUGCCCGCCUUUGCAUCUGGAAAAUGCCUUAAAAGAGUAGAUCAAAAGCAUUUUCCUGAAAACAAUUUUGGUUACGGGCAAAAGAUCACCCUAUGUCCCCUCCCAUUCAAAGUGAAACGGUACAUCCCAAACAAAGGGCUUGGUUUGACAUGGGAGAGCCUGACUGAUAUUACCAUAUUUUUACAGCCACUGAGGUCACCAUCGAUUGAUUGACUGAAUUCAUAAAUUAGAAUUAAAUACUAAAUUUUGUUAUGAUUGAAGGGAAAACAAUGUUUGGCGUAGCUGCUGUUGGAGCGUCCGUAAUAGUGGGUUAUGGCCUUUACAAGUAUGUACAAGGCAGACAGAGUGCUCGAAAAGUAAAAGAGGCUGUCGAUCAGAUGAUAAAAAGCAUUGACAAGCCAAAUGUUUAUAUCAGGAAUUAUGUUGGUGUGAGAGAAAAACUCAAGAAACUCUACGAGGGAGGUCCUGAAAAGCUGCAGAUAAUAUCAGACUUUGAUAAGACUCUCACAAAAUUUGUCAUCAAUGGGGAAAAAGGCUGCACAGUGUAUGGUGUGAUUGAGAGCUCUAAGCAGUUCCCAGAAUCAUACAGAGAAAAGGCCAAACAACUUAAAGAAAAGUACAUGCCAAUUGAAUUCUCACCAGACCUUUCAUCAGCUGAAAAAAAACCCCACAUGAUAGAAUGGUGGACCAAGUCACAUGGGUUACUCACUGAGCUUGGUUUGAAGAAGAAUGACAUCAGUCAGAUGGUAGAAGAAGCACCAGUUGCACUGAGAGAUGGUGUGGAGUGGUUCUUUGUCAAACUUCAUGAGAAGAAAGUUCCUGUCCUUAUCAUAUCUGGUGGUCUUGGAGAUCUAAUCAAAGAGGUCAUUGAUCAACAAAGUACUCUGUAUGACAAUGUUACCAUCAUUGCCAACUUCUUUAAAUAUGAACAGGGAGUGAUGGUAGGUUUUAAGGAGGAACUUCUCUUCAGUAACAACAAGAAAGAGAGAACUAAAGACCUGCCAUACUUUGACAAAAUUAAGGAACGUACAAAUGUCAUUGUGAUGGGUGACCUGCCAGAUGAUGCUCAUGUUUCAGACAGUCCUAAAUACACUGAGGUUACCCUAACAGUGGGUUUCCUGAAUGAGAAGGUUGAUGAACAUUUGAGUAACUACAUGGAUGCCUUUGACAUUGUGAUUGUUGAUGAUCACAGUAUUGAACUUGUGGAUCUUCUUCUAAUGCCAAUCUUGAGGGCCUAGAUGUCAUGGAGAAAUUGUUACUCUGAAGAGAUUUCCAUUAAGUUAACAGAAGAUAGAUUUGCACCUAGGAGUGUGAACACAGGGGUUUGGGGUAGUUUAAUGAAUGAAAGAAUUAGUAUGGAAUGCAAGGUUUGGUUUUAAGUUAGAUAUUAGGUUACAGUUGUAUUUAAGUUUUACUGUUUGUUACUAAGGGUGUCAUUGAAGUCAACUAAACAUUUGUGCAAGAGACAUUCAGUGGUUCUUUACAAUAAGAGCUUGUUAGGAGGGGGCUGUUUAUGAUAGAACUUUGAUAAGAACUUUGCUCUUACAUAGAAAAAUGGCAGUCAAGGAGAAGCCAAAGAAGGCUGUGUUUGGGUAAUUUUGGAAGUUAGCAAAGUAAGAUAAGAUGCUGUCAAUAGUACUGUUUGUGGUUAAUAGACAGGACCAGGUUUUUCAAAGCUGGGCUGGUAUACCCCCGGUUAAGUGCAAAAUUUGGUUUCAGAUCUCAAAGCUUUAAUAGAAAAUUAAAAAAAAAAAAGAAUGUGAUUAUUGGAUGCUCUACAAAGAAUAGAGAAAAUUAUCCCAAAAAGGCUUUUGAACAAAGGAUUAAAGAAACCCACAUAAAAAUUUAACCCUGGGUUAGCAUUAACCAGCCUUUGAACGAAUGGGCCCAGCACAAUAGGGGUAUUGGUAUUAAAAAAGGCAAAUUUGAAGGGGGUGGGUCUGAGGUCUGGUAAGAUGCAAGGAGAGAGUUAAAAUGUAUCAUUGUAAAAUGAUGUUUACAGGAAUCAAUUUCACUAUUUCACUAAAGUAUGUAUUCUUGCUCUAAUUUACUUUGUAAUUCUGGUAAAGUUAAAGAUCUGAAUUAGUUUGCCAGCCAUUAGGGGAUUUUCCAAUUCAUUUGUAAAAUUGGUAGCUAAGCAGUAAACACUUCAUUGUCAGUAGGUAUUUUAAAGCACUUAGGGUGACCUAAAUGCUGAGCUACAAGUAUUACCAGAUAUGGUGUAAGAAUGUAAGAGUAAAGGAAUAUUGAAUGAACCACAUACUGUGUGGAAAGGUACAAUGUACAAGACAUUGCUUUAUAAAUGUAACUUACACACCUCAUGAUGUGUCUCUGAUAUUACAACUCAGACAAAAUCUCAAUCUAUGAA